CUCCGUGCGCCUCCUCUGUUCUCUGUUCCUGUGGAUAGAGCGAGAGAGAGAGAGAGAGAGAGAGAGAGAGAGAGACCGGAGAUCCUCCUCUCAUACCAUCCACUCCACCGAACUCGCACUCGCUCUCAAUCACGAUUCCCUCUCACUUUUCAGGUACUCUUCCUUUUUCUAUUUUCGAUUUCCGAUUCCAACAAUUGAAUUAGGUUAAGGAGAAGAAGAAUAGAUCGCAACUCAAGAAUGAAAGGGCGAUCGCACCGCCCUCAGAGUUCCGACCCUCCCGACGAAUGGGGCGACGGUUCCUGGACCGUUGACUGCAUCUGCGGCGUCAACUUCGACGACGGCGACGAGAUGGUCAAAUGCGACGAGUGCGGCGUCUGGGUCCACACGCGCUGCUCUCGCUACGUCAAGGGCGAUGAUACCUUCGCCUGCGACAAAUGCAAGACCAAACACAGCAACACCGAGGAAACCGAGGUUGCCCAAUUCCUCGUCGAACUCCCCACUAAAACCAUCUCCUUGGACACCAACACCAAUAACCGGUCCUUCCCCUCUCGCACGCGCCGCCCUGUCAGGCUAUGGACCGAUAUACCCAUGGAGGAGAGGGUCCACGUUCAGGGAAUCCCUGGCGGUGACCCUUCUCUCUUUACAGGCUCUGGCGUGCCCUCUAUUUUCAGCCCUCAGCUUUGGAAGUGCACCGGUUAUGUUCCCAAGAAGUUUAAUUUUCAGUAUAGAGAGUUUCCUUCUUGGGCUGAGAACGAGGGUUCACAGGACAAUGAUAAUAAUGGGGCUGGUGUUCUUUUCUCUUUUUCUAAAGACACUAGUGCUCCUAAUGUCUUGGCUUCCCCUGUUGCGGCUUUGGUUGAUAUGAGAUCUAGUCAUGCCCGUGAUGCCAAGACUUGUUUUAAGGACGUGAGGAAGUUUGGGAGUGAAGAUAAUUUGCCGCCACGUGUCCAUAAUGCUAUGAAGAAGGAGAGGAGCUUGCUCAGGCCUGUUGUUGUUCAUUCCAGUAAGCGAAGGAAAGAGGAGUUUGGGAGUUCCAAUUCCAGAGACCGGAGUGGGAAGAAGCGGGUUAAGACUUCUGACAGAGAGGUAGAUCCCAAGAGGAGAAGUUCGCAUUCUUCUAAAACAGCGUUUACACCCACCAGUGAUGCAAAACAAUUGGACUUUUAUGAGGACAGAGGUCUGAAGAUUUUCAAGGCUGACUCUCGGAGCAUAAAGAAUAAAAACUUAGAAGAGAUAGUGGUUCAAGAACACAUUUCUAAUGAUUAUUUUGCUGUGGAUACCAUCCUGGAGGAGCCAAAUAACCACCCAACAACUACCGAGGACUCUUCAGAACCCUUGUAUCCUGACAUGUCAAGGCAUAGUCUUUCUGUUGGAGAUGUAUUAGCAGAAGAGAAGACCAGUAAUAAAGCUCCUGAUUUGGUUGAGAUGUCUUCCAAGACUGACGAUGCUGUUACAUCAGUUUUAAAGCGUAACUAUCUUGGGAAUGCUUCAGUUAAAGACAAGGACGGAGAUUGCUUGAAAGCUGAUAAUGAAGAUGAUACUUCAAUAGUAAGAAGCACUGCAAGUCCUCACACAGAAGGCCAUUGUGUUUCUGCACCAGAACUUAUGGAUAACCAAGUUUCUCAAGAUCUUGACAGAAAUGUGCGUCCUAGCUCUGCGAAAUGCAAAGUUAAGGUGAAAAGGGAUGAUGAUGUUGAUAGUUUUAGGAAGCCCUCAAAUGUUCGUUCUUCUCCUAUCAGUGACCUUAAAAAUGAAAAACCAUCUGAUCACACGUCUGGUAUUGUUAAAGGGAAUGAUACUCUGGUUCCCAGUUUACCAUCGUGUGAAAAUAAGGUGGGUGAUGCUGAUAUUUCAUCAGAAGUAGUCCCUGAUGAUCAAGCCCAUAAACCCAAUGAAUCGUCUGGUGGUUUUUGUCAUGGAAAACAAGAACUGGAGGGGUCUGAAGGUUCCUUGGAAACACAAAAGGGAUUUUCAGAAAUAAAAGAUGGUUCAGAUUCUGCUAAAGAUACAUCAAAGUCUGAAGCACUUGGAUGUCCACCUAAAAUGCUAGCAUGUGUUGGAAAGUCAUCUCCAACUUCAUCAACCAUGAACUCCAAGUCAUUGGCUCAUGACUUCAAAUCUGAAGAUACUGAAUUCCCUAGUUCUUUUACAAAGCAUGGAGUGAUGGCUGAUUGUAACAUUCACAUAAAGAAUGAAAAUUGUCCAAACGAUGCUACCAGAGACGAAAAUCCAAAGAAGUCUGUGAGAGAGCGACCAAAAUCCUCUUUGAAUUCCAAUUCAAAAGGAUUGCAUUCAAACAGGAGUACACAAAAUUCUGUCUCAAAGCAUGUAAAUUCAGAUACGAGAGAUUCUGUUCAUGGGUCGUCUUCUAAAUCUUUGGUACAUCAGACUGCAAGUAUUUUAGGCUCCAGUGAGACUAAUGCAUCUUUGCACCAUCAAAAGGCUUUACAAGUGCAGAAUAAGAUUUCAUCUUCAGCACCACAGAAAGUUGAAAAACUUAACCAAACAAAUAUCCAUACUUCCUCUAAGUUGAACCAGAGUCAUGUGCCUUCAGUGAAUCCUUCUCCAACAUCAAAUUCUUCAAUGCUGAGUGAUGAAGAGCUUGCUCUGCUAUUGCAUCAAGAACUGAAUAGUUCGCCUCGUGUACCUCGUGUACCCCGAGCUCGCCAUGCAGGUAGCUUGCCACAGUUGACUUCUGCUAGUGCUACAAGCAUGCUAAUGAAGCGAACAACAUCAGGUGGAGGAAAGGAUCACUACUUGGUAUCUAGACGAAAAUACAAGGAUGCAUCUAGAGAUGGGUCUGGAAAUUCUCGGGAACUUGAAGAUGAAGCCAAAAAGAUAGAGAAAGAGAAGGGUCCGUCCUCUUCUGAUCAGAGGAAACAAGAUAUGGCAUAUGUGGAAGAUGCUCCAGCAAAGGAAGAAGUUCUUGCAUCUAUGACAGCUGCAAACUCUGUCACAAACAAUGCUGUUUCUUCUACCUCUGCAAUUGCAAACAGUGAUCCGUCCUCCCCUCCUGAGGAUCAGAAUUUGUCAUCUAUACGUAACUCACCCAGGAAUAUAUCUGACGACGAUACAGAAACUGCUGGAAGGCCAGUUCAUCGCACCUUACCUGGUUUAAUCAAUGAUAUUAUGAGCAAAGGCAAGCGUAUGACGUAUGAAGAACUCUGUAAUGCUGUGCUACCGCACUGGCAUAACUUGAGGAAGCAUAAUGGAGAGCGUUAUGCAUACUCAAGUCACUCUCAGGCUGUUCUUGAUUGUUUGAGGAACAGGCAUGAAUGGGCAAGGUUGGUUGACCGUGGUCCAAAGACAAAUUCGAAUCGGAAAAGGCGUAAGCCAGAUACUGAAGAAUCUGAUGAUAAUGGAUAUGGCAAGGGAAGAACUGCAAAAGAGGUUGACGGGAAGAACUUUGAGUUGCAAAAAGAAGAGUUCCCCAAAGGCAAGCGUAAAGCUCGGAAACGCAGGCGCCUUGCUCUUCAGGGAAGAGCAGUGAAGGAUGUUAGGAAGAGACAAAAAGCUGACUCGCUAACUGACGAGGAUGUCGGCCCAUUCUCCAAUUCUAGUGAAGAGAGCUUGUUUAGUGAAGAAGAUGAAAUUCAGGUUGGCAGAACAUGUCCAGCAGGAAGUACUUCAGAUGAGGCAGGCAGUGCUUAAUAAGAGGUCGCCAAAUAUCUCAACAGUUUACUUCUGCAAGAAUGUAGACUUCGUGGCUUGCAGUCUAGUGGGGGGAUGGAUUGCCGGUGCUUGUUACUUUGUAUCAGUAAUGUAAAUAUUUCUAGUAGUAAGUAUGGUGUAUUUUUUUCAUGCACGAGGCAGAAUUGAGUAGGUUAUGUAGAAUUUGUAAGUGGCUAAGGAUUCCAUUAGAGAGCAAAAAAGAAUGUACAAUUGGAUUUGUUUUAGGAAACACUAACUUAGAAACUACCCACCUGGCAUGCGAUAAUCUAGUUUUACAAUUUACACUCUUGGUGGUGUUGAGAAAUGGGUGUACAAGGACAAGCAACUGUGGUAGCUUUGCGAAGAAGAAUGUAUAGGAUAGUUACUGAUUGGCAGCUGUCAUUGAUUGGUGACUAUAAUAGCUGUUAUUGUAGAACAUUUAGGCUUCGCAUUUCUUCCUCUUGCGGCUUCUCAAGUUUUAGCAUUAAAACUGUGAUCCAAUUAAUACACGAUUAAUUUGUUAAACAUAAUUUUAUUUUAUUCUUAGCAAU